CGGAGAGAGCUGCCAAAAACAACCCGCUGGGAAGGGAUGCUAGCUGAAUAAGUUAUCCUAAAAUAUAGUAUUUUCUCCAGGCAGGCAUUGCUGUUCUGAACACUAUAUAGGAUUUCCGUGGAUGUGUUUUCAGCUUUUCAUAUGUAACCCACUCAAGAGGAUCCAUGUCUUUUCUUCGUUGGGUAUCUGAGAAACUGAGUGUGGAGAGCCUGCGGGAUUUGGACUUAUUUGGAGAGCAAGCUCAGGGAUUCUCUCACAGGAAAGCCCAUGAGGACAGCGAGGAGAGUCUGACCUCUCUCCCACGUUGGGACACCAUGGGCAGCUUCCUCCCUGACAGCAGCUCCUACGAGCUCCUCACUGUUAUCGGCCGGGGCUUGGACGACUUGAUGACGGUGAACCUGGCUCGAUACAGACCCACUGGGGAGCAUGUAGCCAUCCGACGGAUUGACUUGGAGCCAUGCACUAAUGACAUGGUGAUCUACCUGCAGAGCGAACUACAUGUGUCAAAGUUGUUUCACCACUCCAGCAUUGUACCCUACAAGAGCAUCUUUAUAGCCGAGAAUGAGCUGUGGGUCAUCACCCCCUUCAUGGCUUAUGGGUCAGCCAGAGAUCUGAUCUGCUCACAUUUCGCUGAUGGGAUGACUGAGCUGACCAUCGCAUACAUUUUGCUGGGUAUGCUCAAAGCUCUUGAAUACAUCCACCACAUGGGAUAUGUGCACCGGAGUGUGAAGGCCAGCCAUGUGUUGAUCUCAGCCAGCGGACAGGUCUGCAUGUCGGGUCUGCGGAGCAUCUUCAGUCUGAUCCGUCAUGGCCAGAGGGCCAGAGUUGUCCACGACUUCCCCCAGUACAGCGUGAAGGUGCUGCCCUGGCUCAGCCCAGAGGUGCUGCAGCAGAACCUGCAGGGCUACGACUCUCGGUCAGACAUCUACAGCCUCGGCAUCACAGCCUGUGAGCUGGCCAAUGGACACGUGCCCUUCAAAGACAUGCCAGCUACACAGAUGCUGCUGGAGAAGCUGAAUGGGACGGUGCCGUGUCUGCUGGACACCACCACUAUCCCACCAGAGGAGCUGUCGAUGAAACCGUCUCGUUCCGGGGCCGACUCCGGCAUCUGCGAGGGUCCAGGAGCCGGAAGUGUUCGCCACUCCAACGGGGAGCCCUCCACCUCGACAGGCGGACACCCCUACAACCGGACGUUCUCCUCGCACUUCCACGCCUUUGUCGAGCUGUGUCUGCAGCGAGACCCAGAAAAACGACCGUCUGCUACCACUCUCAUAGGCCAUCCAUUCUUCAAACAGAUCAAACGGCGGCCCUCAGAGGCGCUGCCUGAGCUGUUGCGACCCAUAACCCCGAUCACCAGCUUCGAGAGCUCCCAGCCGCAGGACUCUCACUCUGGACUGGCCAGUCUGGAGUCGGGUCUCAGCCACCUGGACGUGGACGACUGGGACUUCUGACAGUGGAGAAUGAGGCGGAGAGAUGCUCAUGGGAUUCUGAUGGGGAAAAACUCUCUGAGCAUACUGGACGAGAUGUGUUUUUGUAAUGGUCCCGUUGUAAAUAAUUUAAAUCUCAAACUAAAAGGAGUUGCUGUUCAGAGACGAAGGUUAAAAGCCAGCAGCCAUCUUGCCUCUUUUUUUGGAGUCUCUCACACGCUUAUGUUCUUUUUAGAUAUGCUCAGUCUUGCAUUGCACUGAUGGCCUCUCUCUAUUUCACACACAUACGUUUAGAAAACAUAACAGCUCUCCUCUAUUCCUCAUGCCGAUGCUGAGGUUUCAGAGGAGAAUCUAUGGGUGUAGAUGUAGCGGAGACCUAAAGAUUCUCAUAAAAUGGAUCAGUGGGAAGCUGCUACUAAAUAUUCAGAGUGGAUACUCUCCACCUUAAGGGUGAACACCAGUCCUCACAGCUCACUCAACCUUCUGCACACCAGAUGGAAAGCUCCAACUUUGUCCCAAGGGUCAGCUAAAUUAACAGCAUGUACACGCAUUUCUUAGCUCUCGGCCUGUGUUUAAAUGUAAACUACAUCUCAUGCUUUACACAUCACUUUUGUUACACAGAGGUUGAGCAUGACAUCUGUUUUAAGUUUAACCUUCAGAGCAUAGCAGUAUGUAUUUUCUUGAACUUACUCGGGGUGUGAUGUUACUUAAGUCAGAAGUGAAUGUUGCAUUGGUGCUUGUUUUGUCUGCAUGGACAUUUGAAAGUUGGGGGCAAAGCAUUAGUGUUGAAAAAUGUUAAGCUUGACUUUUAACAAUAAACGUUGUUCACUUUAG